CCCCGACCUCCGCGGAGAUAGAUUUGAACCUGAAGUUCAUCUUCGUAGUCUUCUGGAUUCUGUUCUUCUGCACCCUGGUGACGUUUUUGGCCUACCGAAAAGAGUUCUACAACUGGUGCAUGAAGGAGGUGGUGCUGGCCGAGGCAGACUACGUCUCCAUCGAGGAACGGAUCAUCGAGGUUCCUGUAUGGGAACGCACGAGCAACUACUUGCUUCCCUCGUCUUCAUCGUGGAGAUGGUCAUCUUCGGAAGUUGUUAUGCAAAAUGAAUGUUGUACCAACUUAAACAGCAAAUAAUUCUGGCAAUUAGGCCCAACCACAACCAGCAUUGUAGUCUCAACCUUGCGUGGCGGGUGGAGUUUUCUCUAUUGAGUAGUUCUCGUCGUCGAUGGUGCAUCGAAUGUACAAAUUCAACGGAGGUGCUUUUGAUUUUGUAGUUACUGUGGAUGCAGCAGCCCACGACCUUCAAAUGUUGACAUGGCGGAACAGUAGAAGCAGUAGUUGUGUUGCACUUGCAUAUCUUAUCAGCGAGAUCGACAACCAACCUGCCCAGACGGCGAGUGCCGACCCUCACGUCGACCAGGUCGCAAGGCCGGCGGGGACCGCAAGUCGAACCACCGAUGAUCGCAGGAACAAAAGCGACGAGGAUGCUGCACUUGUUUCAGCAGCGGAGAACGACGAGAAAACAACAAGUGGUAUUAGCAACAUCCUCGAGAGAACUACUUCUUCAAAUUCCCAACACGGCACUUCUUCCCCGGUCGAAGUAAAGCUAAAGGACGCAGGGACCCCCGCCCAACUAGUCGCAAGAAGUAGGAGCCAGCUGCUGAAUGAGGAGGAAGAUGAUAAUCUUUCGCGAAAUUCCAGAGACCAACCUUCAAGCGCGACACCACAAGCGACAGACAUCCACGACGAAUUCGCGAACAGCAGCAAAGCAACAAGAAGAGCUGCUGCUGAUACAGCAGGCGGAGUUCUUGCUGCCGAGGACGUGGUCGUGGACGACCAGAC